UUGAAUGUCAGUCUUUUUCCAAUUCCAAAAGCAUUCAUUCUAGGUUGAACCUUGUCCAGUGCUACUCCUAUCCGGAUACCCACAACAUGGACGGCAAGCUUACCAACAUGAAGCCGCUGACCAAGAAGCAGGAUGAGAAGGAACAAAACUUCAACAUCAAGGCAGAGGGGACUCCCAACACAGAGGAGGGCACCCAAGAGAAGACGGCACCUGAUGACAAGGUACCUCGCAAGCCAUUGGGCAAGCGUGCCAGCAAGCCCAGUCCCAAAUCUAACGAGCAGGACCAGAAGAAGAAAAAAAAGCAAGAGGACAGCAAGACCAAGGACAUGGCCAAGGGGUUCGAGAAGCCCGUGGCAGCGGCCAGGAAGCUGCGGCAGAUCAAGCCUCCAUCUAAACCGCUAACCAAAAAGGACCAACCCAAUAAUGCAGCUCCUUCCAACCCAAAAGGUCCUAAAAAGGAGACACCGCCGGGAACCCCAACGGCUAAUGUGGGCGCUGCUCCUGUGACCCCUGAGGGAAGACAACCACCUAGAUUGCCAUUUCCAACGCCAGCCAGACCCAAGCCCGUAUCCAGACUUAUUAGAGAUGAGCCCUUGACGGAGAAUAGGCCCACAACGAAGCCGAACCAGCUGGAGGAGUAGUCCAAGUCAAUGAUUCAAGAAGUGAACUACUUAAGGAUUUCUGAUA